AUGACUCCUAGCCUCAAUUCAAACGCAACCCAGUCAUACCCUCCAAGGAUGACAGUGGCCGAGAAGAAAGAAGCGAGCGAAUUAAGAAAGACACUCAAGCCCUUGAUGGAAAAGAAAAGGCGCGCACGCAUCAACGAGAGCCUAGACCAUCUGAAGACUCUCAUCCUCCCUCUGAUCGGCAAAGAUAAUUCUCGGUACUCCAAAUUCGAGAAAGCUGAUAUUCUCGAGAUGACCGUAAGAUUCCUCAGAGACAUAUCCACUGCUCCUAUAAAAAGUCCAUCUGACAGUUACAAAGAGGGGUACAAGGCAUGCCUUCAGCGCGUCUCUACCCUGCUCCCCAAAACCAACCUCCUUGACAAAGACACCUGCCAGCGUGUGGACGAGUACAUCCAGCAGUCGAUGACUGCGGCAGAGGCCCCUACCUGUCAGAACUGCUGCGCUCAGAACUCCCGCGCGUUUCCACAGAGUCAGAGAGUCCUGAGUUUCAAGAGCAGCGGGAGCCCCAGAACCGAAACCCACUCCAGGACCAAUUGCCCACCUCCUCAAAGAAACCAGCCAGUGCCACCGGCCUUCAGCGCCAACAUGUGGCGGCCGUGGUAGACUCCAACAUGAACAAUAACAAAACCUGUCCUAUGUUUGUUAGUACAUUUUGUAUAAUACGUACAUGUACUCGAGCCCACAGGAGAAAAGAAAAGAAAGAAAAAAAAUGGUGACCGAUGCAAAUGUGCGCCAAAGAGAUUAACUGUAAUUUAUUGAUGCCAUAAUACUUUGUUGGCAAUUUGGCAUUUGGCCAGUAUUAAUGUACAACUCACAACCAAGUUUCAAAUCCAAUGUUCUGCUAUGGCGGAACGAGGGAAUAUUUUAAUUCUAUGAACUUUUAUAUUUAAUCCUCUUUGGGGUUGAAAUGAAUAUGGGUUGUA